AUGUAUUAUGCUGGCUUGCCCUCCUCCCCGCGUUUGUUGGCCCGCACUGGUGUGAUUCCGUGGAAGGAGCCCACAGGCCCAGAGGCAUACAGCAAGCUCAAGCAGCUUGGGGUUGUCUUCAACCAUAAGCUCAACACCAUCUGGGAGGACAAGGUGGCUCCUGAGAUCCUCACUUUCCUGGAUGGGAUGGGGGUCAAAUGGACCAGCAUUGAUGUUGUUCGCAUUGGUGAGAUUGGAGAGUCUGCCCCCAUUGUCCUCUGGAUUGGGGUGAAACCCAAAACUCUUGCUGGUGAAGAUGCCAACAAGGCAGCUUUUGAAUGCCUCAAAGUUCUCCAAGAGUUUGGCAUCAAUAAUGUCAAUAUUGAAAUCCGCGAGUCUUCUGUUGUCCGGUCAGCUGGUCCCAAGCUCCUCCCACCUGUCUACUCCUCCGACCCGACUGUAGAUGUUCGCCACCCUCUUACUUAUGCACUUGGACUCCCCAUCUCUGCCCAGGCAACACCUUACACUGCAGGCACAGGUGGCUUUUUCAUGGCUGAAGGCAAUGAUAGUGACAAGCUUCUUCUCAUCACUGCUCGCCAUGUUGUCCUCCCACUGAAUCAGGGGCCGAAUGACAUGUUUGAACGCAGGAAUGAGAGCAAGCCUCGGUUCAAUGUAAUCCUCCUUGGCAAGGAGGCUUAUGAUGAUUACCUUGCUUCUAUUAAGGCCAGGAUCGGUGGAUAUACAUUCAUCGUUGAACAUGCAAAGCAGCGCAUUAAGGCAGUUGAGGGACAGGACAAUGAAGGGGGCACUGUGGAGUGCAAGGAGGCACAGGACAAUAUUGAUAGGGCAGAAAAGGCAAUGGAGGCACUCUACACCUUCUACGACAUUGUUGAGAAGAAGUGGGCCUCUGAGGCCAGCCGCAUCCUGGGGCAUGUGGUCUGUUCGCCUCCCAUCCGCCUUGGUGCAGGCACUGCAGAUGAGAUGUACACAGAGGACUAUGCCAUCAUCGAGGUGGACGGCGACAAGAUUGACAAACUUAACUUCAAGGGCAAUGUAAUUGACCUUGGCACCGAGAUCCCGGCUAGAGAGUUUACUGAGAAGAUGUAUCCCAACCCCCGGAACCGAACCUCCUUCAAGUAUCCUACUGACCGCCUUCUGAGGCUCUGGGGCACCAUCCCAGACGAGGAGAUGCGUCGUCCAACCAUGUUAGACCAGAACGAGGAACAAUGCCUGAUGGUCAUUAAAAACGGCAGCGCCAGCGGCGUCACCAUUGGUCGCGCCACCGGCAUCAUGUCCUACAUCUGCGAGUACUUCAAUGAUGGUAACCACUAUACCUCCAAGGAAUGGACAAUCAUCCCCUGUGACACUAAGUCAGGCGUCUUCUCCACCCCGGGAGACUCUGGCGCUGUCGUUGUCGAUGGCAUUGGACGCGUCGGUGGCCUCCUCACUGGCGGUGCUGGCACUACAGAUUCCUCUGAUAUCACCUAUGCGACGCCUAUCAGUUUCCUCUUGAAGAGCAUCAAAGCCAACGGGUACCCCAACGCCCACCCCAACCCGACCUGGGCGCCAUCACGAACUUUGUUAACACCGCUUUCAGUUACUGUUCCUGGUGACGACUUCUAGACCAUACGUGGUUUGAUGGGAGGGAUCAGCUCGACGGACACGCUUGCGACCCUCGAGUGGUGUUUGGUGUGCUCUUCGUUGGUGCGGCCUUUGGUCUCAUGCGAGAUGGAUGAUGAUGCAAGCAAUGAUGCAAGCAUUCGACUAGCCUUGUUACCGUAG